AUGGCGGAUAUCAUAGAGGAGAGCGUAAUGCACAUAAGGGCAAUUAUCAGUGAUGGAGGGUCACACUUCAUAAAUCAAACAGUAAAGAAUCUCUUGGCUAAGUAUGGGGUGAGGCAUAAAGUUGCUACAACAUAUCAUCCUCAAACCAGUGGGCAAGUUGAGGUAUCCAACAGAGAGGUAAAGCAGAUAUUACAAAAGACUGUGAAUGCUCAAAUGAAAGAUUGGUCGGAAAAAUUAGAUGAAGCUCUUUGGGCAUACCGAACAGCAUACAAAACACCUAUUGGAACCUCCCCAUACCAAAUGGUAUUCGGUAAAGCGUGUCACCUACCAGUGGAGUUAGAAUAUCAAGCUUACUGGGCAAUCAAGAAGCUUAAUUUAAAUCCAGAGCUAGCAGGCCGGAAGAGGUUGAAUCAAUUGCACGAGUUGGAAGAGAUUAGGCUCCAUGCUUAUGAAAAUGCCAAGCUCUACAAGGAGAAAACAAAGCGAUGGCAUGACAAGCACAUCAUUACUUGCACUUUCGAACCAGGACAAAAGGUGCUCUUCUUCAAUUCUAGACUCAAGCUCUUCCCUGGAAAAUUGCGAUCCAAAUGGAGUGGACCUUUUGAGGUAGUGCGUACAAUGUCACAUGGAGCUGUGGAAUUGUGGAAUACAAUGAAAACGUCUACAUUCUUAGUAAAUGGACAAAGAGUAAAAAAUUACUUUGGUGAAGAUAUUAACUGGGAAGAGGAAGCCAUUGAACUGGCAAAUGAGUGA